AUGCUACGACGUGACGCUGCCAAAAGGGCAUUUGCGAUCUUCGAGGAUGGUCUAGAUGAAAGCAGUUACUCGAACACACACCCACUAGACUUACGAGUACCAUGAACGUGCACCAAGAAGACCCAUCUUUUAUAGCAUCCUUUAGCUGUUUUCUGCGUGAAGAGAGCGAAAAGAUGUUCUGAAAGAUGGGCUGUCAGUCUUCUAAUAAAAGCGUCAAUGUCCUCCGUGGCGUCGUCCUUGGGACUGCAGAGUCUAGCUGGAGAACUGAGAGGCGGAAUCGGCGGAGUGGUAACCGACGUAAAUGCAGUGCCAGUGGGGGUAGGAAGAUCAGAACAAGAUCUUCAUCAUAAAGCAGAUCAUUUUGUGUCUUCAGAUGAACCUCCAGCCACUGUGGCAGCGGCGGAAAUCGUCGUGAAUGAGGGAGACAGCGACUCCUCGGAUUCUGUGCUGGACUACGACCCGCUGACAGGAACGAUGAGCUCGAGGUCUCCGCGUUUUCUGCAGGCAGAGACGAGUAGAGCAGAGGCUGGAGUGGUUAAAAAUAGCGGUCAUAUGUUGAGUAGUAGAGAGGGAAAGCAGGAAGUUGAUCCUGAGGCAGACCCCCGUGACGAGAUCAACGCUUUACUUGGAGAAAGCACUGCGGGAGAGAGGACAACAACACUGAUGUCAGCCCAAUUAGACGGUAACUCGGCACAAGCAGAACAAGAACCAAUUCUAGGUGCCUCAACGACAUCCAGUAGAGCGCUAAAACAAGUAGGGCAGUCGUGGAAUGCGGAUGCGUCGCUUUCUAGCACACAGCUCACGGGAGCGUUUGGUCGUGCGUUCGCAGCACUAGGGAAGGAUCGAGAGAAAGAGGACCCAGACGAUGUUGCCGGAGCAACUGCGGAAGCAGUGAGGAGGCGAGAGAAGCGGAAGCGCCGCCUUGACAUGUCGGGAACUGGGAAUGUAUUCGACCUUUUAGGAAGCGACGAGCGUGAUGAAGAGGCGGACGACUUUAUCGUGCAACAAGUCUCGCAAGAACAACACAGUACCAGUUUGGCUGAUGACGCAGCUUCACCUGCUUCAAAAAACAAGCGCAAAGGCAGCAAUUAUAAUAAGCAGUCAGUUUCACCAAUCAUUAAGUGUAGGUUAAAGGUGCUUUUCUUACCGCUUUUUAUGCCUCUCCUAACGGAGAAAGGCAUAACAAGCGCCGGGGUAAGCGAGCACCAAGAACCUACCUCUAAAAUCAUCAUUCCCGAAGGUGGAAAGACAACCAAAAAUGCCUCAUCUGCUUCUAGCACGAAGAAAAAUACGAAACAAACGAAUAGUACCAGUAAGACCAAGGAUCACAUAGACGACGCAGCCUUUCGCGACUUGUUUAAACAGAAAUACGCUGUCGUGAAUUCCAACAAGAAUCUAGUGGAAACGAGUCGACACAUACAGCAGCGAAUGGAUCAACUCUUUUCCGCUUUCGAUGACUAGGUGCCUACUUUUGUAUACAUAGUGGUAAUAGCUACCGCUAGACAGUAUGUUGGUAUCACGACCGGUUUUUUCAAUCUUCUCUCAAGGACAAUCUUCUCGCGACAAUUAUAGUACUACUUGAAAAUUACGUCUACGAUUACGAAACCCGAUAAGCUUGGCAUUCUUGAUACAACAACCCAUUUACAAAUAACUACUGUCGUCAACAAUGAAUGAUUUCUUUGUGUCUCCCUCCUCGUCAAGAUAGCGGUGUAGAAGAGUCGUAGAACUUGUGUAUCCUAGCUGUAGUGCACCUUCAAUAUCAAUCACUUCCUUCCUGUUCUUAGUUAGUUCGAGAUACCGCUUAGAUAAUAAGAGCAACCAACAGAGAAUCGUGGAAACGCAGAUAAUCGUGAAUAGACUGAAUAGCAGAACGGAAAAAGUUCAAGUCGAUUGCAGAGUUGGAUGAUGCAUCAAAUCGCGUUUCUAGUACUAGUUCUUCCGAGAUGAAUGAUUUUUCGUUCUUCUCGGCUAUUGUAUGUGCUCCAUCAGCAUCAUGAUCACCAUCAGGUCACCAACUCCUUUCAGCACGAGGUAGUAAUUUGCUACCUGCAUUUAUCUACUGUAAGGAUUGUGUGUUUAUCAGAAGCCUUAUUUUGCCUGGAACGAGGUCAGAUAUUCGGUACUUCAUAAAAAUUUAGAAAAUGAC